CCAGACGAUCCCUUCCGCGGGCUGGCUCGAAUGAAGCUGGAUGACAAAUGGGCGGUAGACGAGGAGUCAAAGGGCACAUGGCCGGCCACGGCUGCGUGUGAACCGCGCAUGAGCUUCCGAGACUUCUGAACUGUUAGAGCCAGGCCAAGGUGGAGGCCGUUUGUCCUCGUUUCUCCCCAAGUAUUCUUCGGUCUCGGUCUCGACACACCCCUUGGGUGGCAUUCCUGCUGAUUAGGCGUUUGAGUUUUGGAUGGAGCCCAGUCAUUAGUACUAUCGUUGUUGCGCCGUGGGAGGGGCCGCUCUUCUCGGCUCGUUGCAGAAAGUGGGUUCUAGCUGCCCACGGACUCCCCACCAGUCCGCUGUCAGUUGUUCGUUGGUUGGAGACAAAAAAGAUGAAUCACGCGCGGCGACAGGCAGGCAGGCUGGUAGGCAGGGAGGGAAGGAGAGGCGUAAGCUCUGCCAGCAACAGACCAACCAUGGAUGCCGCGGAAAUCUUCCAACGCGAGGCGACCGCUUCCUGCAUGUCACUGGUCUCGGGCUUGUUUCCACGUCGUUGCUUCUUCUUUGUCCAUGGCCCGUUGCCUCGCGGCUCGUGGGUGAUGGGCUCGCUCGCUGCUACAUACUUUUCUCGGUCAUCAACAUGCGCGAGCGUUGGCUUGAGGAAUACUACCGUGGCGUCGAAAGUUCGCAACAGCGUCGGCAAAGACGCGACUUGACGAUCGGAUACUCUACAAGAUGAGACUCAUGAGUGCGGGACAGAGGCAUCGUGCUCUGUCCACGCCCGCCCCUUUGGGUAUCUCGUGCACACGGCCGGCCGGCCGGCCCCAAGGGGCAGGCGGACCGGCUAUAUCCCGCGCGUUACUGACGUCGAUGCCUUCAGGGAACCAUCGUCAGAACUGAGACACGGCUCUCGGAUGCCUUUGAGCCUCAUGCCUCUCCGCCUGCCUGCAUAUCUCUGGUCCCUGUCAUGUCGAUGACAUACUCGGGCAUGAGAGCAACCGGCAUUCCCCCUCCUCCUCCCUCUUCAAGGGCCAAUCGGGCCAGGCAUAGCUACAUCUCGAGCGGCAGACUAAUAGCUGCAGCUGGCGAGCUUGAGAGAAGUGAGCAUAAAUCUUGCGGGAGGAACGGUCAAUGAGGCAGGCGUUGGGGGCCGCAGAGGCGCCCGGCCGAUCACACCAUCCCCUCUCUCGUUUGUAGAGGUUACACAGACGCGCAUCACACACGACACACGACACACGACACACACACACACACACGCAUACUAGUAGUAAUACCUACCUUCACGCGCG